AUGAGUGAGAGGAGGCGAUCUGCCGCAGCUCUGAGCUCGAGAGCGCACGCCUUUUCCGUGGAAGCCCUGAUCGGCUCGAACAAGAAGAGGAAGCUGCGGGGCUGGGAGGAGAAGGAGCUGGAGCUGUCCAUGGAGAGCCUGGCCACGGACGGAGAGGACACGGCGCACUGCCUGGACAUGGACCCGGACUCCGAGGCCAGCCCGGGCUCGGACGGAGAGGGCCUCGCCGAGAGGACGUCGUGCUCCUUCGGUUCACCGGCAGAGCUGGCCCCCGGGCCCUGUGACGCCUCUCCCGCCUUCUCCAUGGAGGAGAUCCAGGUGGAGCUGCAGUGCGCGGAUCUGUGGAAGCGCUUCCACGACAUCGGCACGGAGAUGAUCAUCACCAAAGCGGGCAGGAGGAUGUUUCCGGCCAUGCGAGUGAAGAUCGCUGGUCUGGACCCGCAUCAGCAGUACUACAUCGCCAUGGACAUCGUUCCUGUGGACAACAAGAGAUACAGGUAUGUGUACCACAGCUCCAAGUGGAUGGUGGCGGGAAAUGCAGACUCCCCCGUGCCCCCGCGGGUCUACAUCCACCCGGACUCUCUGGCCUCAGGAGACACCUGGAUGAGGCAGGUGGUCAGCUUCGACAAGCUCAAACUCACCAACAACGAGCUGGACGACCAGGGACACAUCAUCCUGCACUCCAUGCACAAGUACCAGCCGCGCGUUCACGUCAUCAGGAAGGACUUCAGCAGCGAACUGUCUCCCAACAAGCCGGUGCCCAGCGGGGAAGGAGUGAAGACCUUCAGCUUCCCAGAGACGGUCUUCACCACCGUCACCGCCUACCAGAACCAGCAGAUCACCAGACUAAAGAUUGACCGGAACCCGUUUGCUAAAGGAUUCCGGGACUCGGGCCGCAACAGGACUGGCCUGGAGGCCAUCAUGGAGACGUACGCCUUCUGGAGACCGCCAGUGAGGACGCUGACAUUUGAAGAUUUCACCAGCAUGCAGAAACAGCAAAGUGGCAGCACAGGCACCUCCCCCACCACUUCCAGCACAGGAACCCCUUCUCCUUCAGGUGCAGCACACCUCCUGUCCCCUUCCUGCUCCCCCCCAGCCUUCCACCUGGCUCCAAACACCUUCAAUGUGGGCUGCAGAGAAAGUCAACUUUGUAACCUGGGUUUAUCAGAGUACCCAGCUUGUGCCCGCAGCAACAUGGCGGCGCUGCAGGGCUACGGCGGCCUGGCAGAUGGUUCCUAUGGACGCCUUCAAGCUGCAGGGGGCGCUGUGGCCUCCGCUCAGUCCUCUGAAUCUUUCCUCCCACAAAGGACUUCCUCCCUGAUUGCUGCUGGCAUGCAGGGCAGCACUCACCCCUCCUUGACCGGCGGCAGCAGCAGUGGGAGCACUGGUGGCAAAAUGGAUGCAUACAGCAGUCAGCUGGGCUCCUUCCCAACCUCUCAGCUUCAGUAUGUCAUGCAGGCAGGGGGCAGCUCCAGCUCCUCUUCAUCUUCAUCCUCUGGAUCCUCCUCUUCUUCCCACAUGUUUGGUGGAAGCCACCACCAUGUUCAGCAGGGCUCCUACAACGCCUUCUCCCUCCACAACCCCUACAACCUGUACGGCUACAAUUUCCCCACCUCUCCUCGCCUGGCUGCCAGCCCAGAGAAGCCCCAGGGGGGGCUGCUCUGCUCCUCCUCUCCCGCGGGAGCUUUUGCUGAGCGCCAGUAUUUGUCCAACGGAAACAUGGAUGCUAUGCACAUGAUCGGAAACGCCGCCAGCAGUCAACAGGGCGGCAGCUCUUGUGAUGGCCGUCAGUAUAGCUCUUCUUCUCAAAUGUCCAUGCACAUGGUGUAGAAACAAAGUCAGAGCCCCGAGCUGCUCCUGCUUACUAAAGUCUUUAAGGUGAAGAACACAUCUCCAGUUGGUGUGGGGAGAAGCUGGGACAUAAUCCAUCUGUAGGAAAACAGAACAGACUGGUUCAAGCUCUAAGCAAAAGCAACAGAAAUCCUGAAGGCAAAGACAGAACUCAGAUCAGCAGCAGAACCAGAGCGGGCAGGAGAGCGGCUUGGAAGAUGUCACGGUGCAAUAAUGGAAACAGCUGAUUCAGUGGACUUCUGUCAUUUAAAUGAGACUCGCUGGCCAAACGAUCUUCACUGUGAUCCACAUAGUUUCACUUUACGCAGUAAUGAAGGAUGUAUGAUUCCCGGUCAUAGGAUGGUUCCAUGUUCACCCAGGACACACAGUAUCCAGUUACUGAUGCACUGGUGUCUGCUGUGGUCAGUUUGCUGGGGACAUUUUUCAUAAAAGCUCAAGCUGACAUGAACAAUAAACAGUCAAUUAAUGCCUUAGUCACAUACACCCAAACUGAUAUUGAGCUGUAUAGGUGCUGCAGGUUUUUGGGUUGUCCGGGCCAUGGAUCCCGUAGAGUGGAGCGGCUGCAUCUUAAAGGGAGCGCAGGAGUGUCAUUGGGGUGGAUGUCAUUGAAAUGGACUGUGCCAUUGCGGUAAAUAUAUUGUUAAGUAUUUGUAAGGAUAAUGGAAGUAACAUGCCAUUUUGACAUAUUGGUGAUGCUGUCCUACAGUUCCCUAACUAUUAUCUAGCCCUUAUUAAGUUAUGUGCACAGGCUCCUUUCUAGGGUUGGGCACUGAAAUUCGGUUCCAAGUAGGAACCGUUAUGAAACCAAAAGAAGCUGCUGCAAACGAUCCGCAUUUCAGGGCUUAGUUUCAGUUAAGGUCUUUUUGUCAAUCACUUCCAGUCUGUUCAGUACUUUAAGUUCUAGAAAAUCCUUUUGCUGUGAUAGUGGGUGGGCUCAUUUAAGACCGCUGAUGUGGCAAGCACGUGCAGGGCUCGUACGUCCGGCUGCAUUUAACACCAACUAACAGAAGUUUGACAGGUCACUGCGCCGCAUCAGCCAAUCAGGAAUUCAGCUUUGGGCAUGCGACGUGCAAAUCGGCGGGCAGCCGGUGAUGGUGAGGUGAUGAUGAACCGCCAUUACCUCAAAAAACAACAACACCCAAAAAGUCCAUUUUUGAUGCAGAGGUCUUAAAUAUACGUCAAUACGUGACCUCUUGGCAAUGAAAAUGUGUUGAUUUGGGAAGAUGUAGGCAUUAUUCUUUAUUAGCCUAUUGAAGUACCAAAAUUGGCAGGAACCAAAACCAAAGAACUGCUUUGUCACUGGAACUGAAUAAAACCCAAUCAGUGCCCAACCCUAUACCUUACUAAUGCCACACCCACAAGAUGUGCAGUGUUCACGUGGUACACAAGUGCCCUUAGGACACCCCUAGAAAGUCCACACAAAUGACACUCUGAUUGUCCAAUUUCCUAAUUUGCGUGCACUUAUCACUGUAACAACACUAACCGGCCCUUUUUUUUAAAAUCCGGACGACACGCCUACGUCUCACCUACAUCUCCCUUAUGUAUUAUCCCCAUGCCUUAAGUGUUAGCUACGACCUGUCACCCGCAGAAAAAAGGUCUAUGAACAUUUCUACCCUACAGACCCACUAGGUGUACUACAAUCUUAACGUUUUGUGGGGACCCCCUGCACGCCUGUACACAUUUGCCCAUUUUUCACCACCCAAAAGGAAGUUGUGACUAAGGCUUAAGACUGGACAAGACUUCCUCCGCCUGUUCUUCUUAUGGACUGGACUAGUUUCACUAUUUUUGAGUGAAUUAUGAUUAUUGUAACUUAUAUAUAUAAAUAUAUAUAUAUAUAUAUAUUUGCCAGCCACUUUAUUGUCUAUACAACUACACGAGGUUAAUACAUUGUACUAGUGCAAUCCACCACAGCAGUAUUUGGAUUUGAGUCAUUUAUGUAUUUUGCAAAGUUGAAAGAAUUUCAUUGACAUGAUCUUACCAUUAAAAAAACUGUUCUGGAUUGUAAUAGAUAAUGUGGCCAGUAUCACACUCACACACACAGAUCUACACCUAGACAUACACACACAUACACCCCCCCCACCCCACAUACACACACACCCACACCCAUAUAUAUAUAUGUGUGUGUGUAUGGGUGUGUAUGGGGGUGUGUCAGAACAAAAACCAUAAGCUUAGAGUUUGUUGUGUGUAAAGUUACAAAGUAAGCAAUCACAAAAAAGUUUAAAGUAUGUUGUGGUGUGUACCGCAGGUGUGUGUAUUUAAGAAAUGAACAAUAUAGCAGUUUUACCACCUGGUCUGUCAUUAAAAUUUGAGA